GAUAAUGCUUAAAAGUGAAAAGUUGAACAGACAGUUCACGGCAGAAAAUUUUAAGAAUUUCUAUAGUAAAAAACAUAAACAAAACAAUAAUAGAAAGACAACAAAGCGUAACAUUACUAUAUCCCCAAUUGUGGCUGUUAAAAAUCUUAUGAAUUUAUCCAUUUUUCCGGCCACAAUUUGUGUGGAGAAAAGUUUUCUUGUCUACCAGAAAGAUACGUAUGAAAAAAACCCCAUUAGAGAACACCACAAGCGAGUAAAGUAAAAAAAAGACAAGUGAAGGCUAAAAAACUUAGGCAGUGGUUUGGGUGUUUUUGGGGGAGACAAGUAGAAACAGCAGCAGCAGUAGUAGUCGCGAGCAGCAACGAGCCAACAACACAAACCAUCCAAAUGAACAACACCACUGAUCCGCUGUUGUAAAACUCACUUCUCUUUAAAUUUCGUUAAUUAUUGAUUUGCUCACCCUCAAUUUGGUCAAAACAAAUAAACAGACAGGAAGGGAUAUAGAAGAUACUUAGGGAGAGGAGUUCCCUUCCAAAGAUCCCCUUUUUAAAAGGGGUUCCAGCCAUAUCGAAAGAAAUAACAACCACAACAAAAUACAGCACUACCACAGAGAUACAGCAACAAAAAUAACAAUUGCAACAGCAACAACACAGAGAAAGAAGAAGAAGAAGAAGGGACCAUCAUCAUGAUGAACAACUACAGCAAUAUGAUGAUGGGCGAACAGUUCCGAAAGAUGGACUCAAAUUAUUCGCCCAAGUCAUCACCGCAUGGUGGGCGAUCGCCCGUCGUCUCACGACAGGAUUCAUCGGGAACCCUUAAAGCCACAAUAUCACUGGGGAAGACCCCAACGAUUAUACAGACGGGACCAUUCUACUCGAUGAAAGAGCCACCGGGGAAGGGCGAGCUGACGGGCGAUAAAGAUCUCAUGACUGAAUAUGGUUUACAUCAUACACUAACAAAGUUUAAGGAUAAAAAAGUCAAGGAAUCACUGUCCUCAUUUCUGCCCAAUCUGCCAGGAAUCUACGAUGGCAUGAAUAAUUUGGAAAACAGUACAUUACGCAGUGUCAUUGAUAAACCCCCCAUAGGAGGUAAAGAGCUAUUGCCUUUGUCCUCAGUACAAUUAGCUGGUUUCAGAUUACAUCCCGGACCGUUACCGGAACAGUAUAGAGCCUUUAAUACAAUACCCGCACGCAAACAUAAAAAUAAACAUAAAAAACACAAACACAAAGAUGGCCAACAGCCGCCCGAAACAAAUUUAAUGGAUUCUUCCGGUUUAGAGACUUAUGAGAAAAAACACAAAAAGCAAAAGCGCCACGAAGACGAGAAGGAGCGGAAAAAGCGUAAAAAGGAGAAGAAACGCAAAAAGAAAUCUCACAGUCCGGAGCCGCCUUCGUCGGGCGGUGUAUCGCCCAUGUUGGGUGGGCCAUCACAGCAGGGUGGUAUGAUGGGCAUGUCAAUGCAAGGUGGCAGUAUGGGUAGCCUUCAGGGCCUGACGACGGGUCCAAACAAUCCACUGGGGCCUGGUUCUGGUGUCACAAAUAUGUCAGGCCCUGGCGGUAUGAUGAUGCCUCAACAUGCUUCUUUAUUUUAGUUUAAAUUUAAUGAUAUAAACAAAUUAAGUCAUGUUUUAUGAUUUUCUUUUAGGUUGAAAUUAUGUUUAUUGCAAACAAACAAACAAAACAAAAAAGAAAGCUACUCCUCUAAUGUAAACUGUCAUUAUUUCCUGUACACACACCAAUACAACACCAAUCAAUUCUAGUUGUUGCCACUUAUAACCCAAAUUUCACUUUUACCUCACCACCGCCCAAAGCAAAUCCCCAAAACACGCCCCAUUAGAUCCCAUUCUCAUUUAAUGUGGGUGCGUGUGCUUUCUGUUGUUUACAAGGUAUUCAUGUGGAACACCAAAUUUUUUCAUUCCCACACCCUUACACAGCCUUCAUGAGUUGUUUGGUUAACAUUUGCCGAUGUAAGUUUUAUUUUUGGAAUUUAUUGGCCCCAUCCUAUUUUGCUCUUAGAUUACAAAAAGAAAAGAUCUUCCAUCAUGUUUUUAGAAUUUACAGACUCUUGUUUUCCCCCCCCCUCGACCCCACUUUCACUCUUCAGUUUUUUUUUAGUUCUUCUCAUUGAAAAUUGAAAUAACUUUCCCUUUGUUGGUUUCUUCUGAGUUCUCUUCCCCAACCCCCACAACUUCGUCGCACCUUGUUUUCACAAGUUUUAGUUAUUUUUUGUUUUAUUAAAUAAAAAUUGUAAUAUUUUUUCUUUCAUCUAGCUAUUAAGGUUUAAUAAACACUUUUUUUAUGAAAAAUUUAUUAUAAAAAUAAAAAAAAACAUAUUAUUUAGUGAUUUAAGAGUUGUACGCAAAAGAAAAAUA